CCAGACAGCAGGUAAUUUGGGUGCAGACCUGCAGGUGGAAAGGAAGGGGUGUUUAUUGACGAGGAAGUAGGUGGUUGUAGUAGUGAACCUGAGUGUUUUUUAGGCUUGGAGGCAGGAGUUGCCCUCCAGCAUUGUUUUUCUGGCAAUUCUUUUCAGUGCCUGAGCAUGUGGAGCUGUUGGCUUGUGCCAGCUUUUUGCUGGCUGGUACACCUGUGUGCAGCUCAGAGUCUGAGGCCACAGAUUGCAAGCCCCCAGCUGGCUACAAACAAUCCCACCUUUACUACAGUUGCUUUAGAAAAACCUUUUUGUGUAUUUGAUGGCUCGCUGUCCCCAGGUAAAUCCUAUGAAGUAUAUCUGUAUGCAAUGAUGGAUUCUAUGAGCAUGAUCAGCUCAGCGGUGACUGACAACAGUAGCAAACCUCUGGACACCACUUUCCAGGAAGUCAACGGAGGCCAGCUUGGACCUUACAAGGCAGCAGUGUUAAAUGUGCCUGACUGUGCAUCGCCUCCCAAGCUAGCCGAUAUUAGAAAUGUCAAAAAAGCUUCUGAUGUCCUGAAACAGUACCUCUUCAGAGUGGGAGAUGAUGUCUCUUGUUUGUAUGAUCCAAACUUCCUAGGUGUCUGUAACCCACCUCUGGCUUCGGGUACCACCUACAGGUUUAAAUACAUCUUGGUAGAUGUGACUUUGGGUAUCAUGAAAGAUGAAACUCUCUGGUCUGAUCCAAUCAAAACCAAUAGUGUUAAAAAGUCUUCAACAAUUGAUACCUGGCCUGGUCGAAGGAGUGGAGGGAUGAUUGUCAUAACCUCAAUCCUGAGCGUCCUUAUCUUUCUCCUCCUUGCAGGACUUUUUGCCUCUGUAUUCUUUGCUAUCAUGGGAUCAGAAGACUCUGCUACUACAGAAACCAGGCACAUAUCUCAAACUGUCCAGCAGGUUGCACCAAGACCUCAGGCCAGCUCUGACAGAGCAGACCAGUGAGACUUCAGCUUUUGCUUGUACCAGGUUAAUGCCACGGGAACACAACUAAACAGCUACAGCUGUAUUAAAUUAAAGCAUUGCCUCUUCUGCUGAACUCUGAUCCAAAGAUUACUGAACAGGACUUUAAUCACUCAAACUGAGCUGUACACUUGCCACAGUCUGGACUGUAUUCUAUCAGCUUCUGCAGUGGGUAACAUCACUUGCUUCACUAGACUGCAGUUGCAAAGAGCUCCUUGCUUCUACCCUGCCACUUGCUGCUUUUGUAUCCAAUGAAGGACUCAGAACUGUAGUUUUGUCCUUGUUCUUCAGGCUGGAAAGACUAGCAGUAAAACUUUGGCCGAAGUCCUGACAACUUUCAACUUAACUAGUAUAAGCUUGGGUGUAUGGUGAA